AACAAAGAUGACGUCGAAAUUGUAACCACUUCGUCCAGCUCGGCACUGGAAGCAUUGAUCGGCUUUAAUGAUUCCAAAUUUCUGACCGUGCAGCGCCGGCACGACGCCGCAGUGAUGCCGUGACGGGUUCCGAGCGAGACGCAGUCGCGCCCUGCCUCGAGAGACAAGGCUCGUCAGUCGAGAACGCGGUGCUGCCCGUCCUCUCGCACCAGAGGCAGCGUCAGACAUGAACCAGGAGAAGAAGGACACCUCGCAAGCGUCCGCGGCGAGCGUCGCGUCGACCGACAGCGUCGCGGCGUCCGUCCACGACGAGGACACGGUCCCGCUGCACGCUGUCGAAAACGAGAGUGAGGCGCGUAUGGCUGACGAUGAGGUUCCCGGCGCGCUGGAGUACGUUCCGCACACGGUCGACGCCAACGAGCAGGCGACAGGAGGCCCGACCGCGGAACCUUCCGUUGUAGGCACUCCCGGCUCGAGUGCGAUGCCGUCGAAGGGCAUGUCUCCCGAAGGCGGCGUGACGCCAGAAGACUUGUCCAGGACGAGCUUCACGAGCAUCGAUGGCGCCGAGGGCGGCAGCCGUUGCAAGAAGCCCCGGCGAAAGAAAAGUCGCCGCAGCAAGGAACACCGUCGCGAAGCCGUGGUGGUCGUGUCGCGAAGCAACAUCUUGCGCGACCCAUUGCACGUGUGCUUGGGCCGGCCGUUCCCCAGCGACGACGAUGCCGGAAGCGCCGCCAGGGCGCCUGACCCAAAACCUGCCCCUUCCGCGGCCACGGACAGCGUGGUCGCGUACGUCACCUCGACGAACGUUGACGACCCUGGGCUGUGCAGUGCGUCGAGCGCGGCGACAGUCGAGAAAGCCGCGGAGCAAACCGAGCUGGUCAAUGAGAAAGCCGUCUUGAACGCCAUCCUCAGCGAUCUGAUGGAGUGUCUCGAGCUUCGCUCUUCUUUCAAGUACGACAUGGCCGACGAGGACGGACAGGAACAGCGGAACGGCUUGCGCGAGCCCCGCGGGGAGCGAGGAGGUGCAUCCUCGAAGGGCGAGGGCAAACGCGAGUCGAAUCCGACAGACACCUGUGAAAAGGAGAGCGAAGAAAGACGCCCCGAUGUUUCGAUGGGAGAAGCGAGCUUACUGCAGCAACUCUGCCCAGCCGAGGAAAAGCAGGCUGUCGAGCCGCAUGCGCAGCGGUGUAUCGCCGGUAGCGAAGAAGCGCAAAGAAGUCCGGUCAGCAGCGCUCUAGAUAACAAGGAAGGAGACCGCGGAGUCGGCAAACGCCCGGGAAGCCCAGCCGCGGCGACAGAGCUCGGAGACCUCGAAGCUAACAAGCAGAAACAAUCGCAGGACGUCGUGGUGCACGAGGCGCCUCUCGUGUUCGUCAGCAUGAGCCGCACGGAGGCGGGCGAACGAAACCAAAUCGCGCGUUUUAAAAGCAGGUCGGCCUGCGUGACGGGCGCGGAAACGAAAGAGCCGUUCGUCUCGAAGCAAGAUGAUGGUGACGACGACGAGGAAGAAGAAGAAGACCGCGGAUGCCUGGACAUGGCGUUCGGUGCGGGUUCUUUCACCGACGACCUCGACCUCGGUCAGCUGGGGCCUGGAAACGCGUCUUCGCCCAAUACUGCGAGUGGCAUCCAGGGCUGUUGGCACGACUUUCUCGGGCAGAUCAAAAUGGUCUCCAAGUACAUUCAGACAGAGUGCUGGAAUGAGCCCGAGUCGGAGUCGUCCUUUUCGGAGGUGGUGCGCAAGCAACGCAGCGGUUCGACCAAGACACUGCACAGAGCCUGCUCUCUGCAGAUCACAGUGCCUGAGCGGCGACCAGCCGCAGCUGGCGGCCUUUGCUCCGAGGAAAGUUCGGCCGAGGAGCUGGCCAAGAUAUUCGCCGCGUACUCGUCGUCACCUACGGCGCGCGUGGGGAAGGACGAGUCCGGAAGGGCCGACGUCAAGGGCGUGGUGCGCGACCGCAACUUCGGCGUACCUUCGCCGACCACAACCGGCGGCGGCGGCGGUGGCACGACCACUGCGUCACCUCCGGCCGCUGGCGUCGUGCAAGGCAGCGCGUGCGAUGGCUGCGGGUCGGCUACGGUAGUUUACGGAAGCGCUGCCGAAUGAACCGUUGUGUCUCUUGGAAAGUAGACAAAGUACUCUCUUUUUGGGCUAGAAUCAUAAGAGGAAGACUGUGCGAUAAAGUCCGUGGAAUUCGUUCAUUCAUGAGAGGUUUUUUCAUGGUAAUGUUGCGUGGUUCAAGUUCUGAUUGCGCCUAAAAUUUUCUACACAUUUAAUUGCGGCUUAAAGAUGUGCUGUUUAAGAAACAUCGAAAUUCUUAUAGAUUGUAACUUGAAGGUUGGUGAUACUUUCUGUGACCGCGAAUUCUAGCGCUGGUAAUUGCUUGUGUGUAGCCAUGAAAAAUAUUAAUUGUAAACGCGUCCUU